AUGGCUUCAGUGACAGAUGCCAGAUACAGGCAGAAAGACACUUCAGAUCAGAAUUUUGAUUACAUGUUCAAACUCCUGAUCAUUGGCAACAGCAGCGUGGGUAAAACAUCCUUCCUCUUCAGAUAUGCCGAUGACACUUUCACACCAGCCUUCGUUAGCACAGUAGGAAUUGACUUCAAAGUGAAAACAGUUUAUAGGAAUGACAAGCGGGUGAAACUGCAGAUUUGGGAUACAGCUGGACAAGAAAGAUACAGGACCAUCACUACAGCCUACUACCGAGGAGCCAUGGGCUUCGUCCUCAUGUAUGAUAUCACCAGUGAAGACUCCUUCAAUGCAGUGCAGGACUGGGCCACACAAAUCAAGACUUACUCCUGGGACAAUGCACAAGUGAUCCUGGUUGGGAACAAAUGUGACAUGGAGGAUGAAAGAAUUGUUCCUGUCGAGAAGGGGAAACAUCUGGCGGAUCAGCUAGGUUUUGACUAUUUUGAAGCUAGUGCCAAAGAAAACAUCAACGUAAGGCAGGUGUUUGAGCGUCUUGUGGAUAUAAUCUGUGAAAAGAUGUCGGAGAGUAUAGAAUCAGACCCUUCCAGGGGCAAUUCUGGAAGAAGCAUGCGACUCACAGACAACCCACCCCCUUCGCAGCAGAACUGCUCAUGCUAGUGACCUUUCUCGCUGAGAAAUGUCCUCCUUUUCUGACUAAAUUAUAUCUUUUCGUUUGUGGUGGUGCAUUACCAUAUAGUCCAAAGGCAGAAGUCUCUGUUGUAGGAAACUGGUAUGUUUGUUUAAUGUGCUGAAGUGUUAAUAUUAUAUAUUUCCUCAUCCAAUAAUUUAAAAAACAAAAAUCUGAAUUAAUAUUGUAACUGCAGCUAGUGUUAAUGUGAGUUACACUGAAGAAAGACUCGUAUAGUGUUGCAAAUGU